CAAAAAGAAAGAAAGAAAGAAGCAACGAAAUUCAACGGCCGACCAUAGUGAAUCGCAUCGUCGUGAUUGCGUUCAUUUUUUAACAUUUUUUAUCACAUUUUAACCUUGUGAUUUUAACUCAAAAUACAAAUAUUUUGGUGAAUUCGACUUCUGGCGGCGUGUGUAUCAGAUUUGUGUGUGUUUUCAGCACGUUCAUCGUGCAAAUAAUAACAAUUUAGAUUGAACAAUAUUACGUGUGGAUUACUUUUCAUUAGCGUAGUAAAGAAUAAUUGGAGAAACGGCGGCAAAAUAAGUUUCCAAUUUAGAAUCGAUAAUAUCGUUGAAAUGUCGAAAGCCAAGAAAUUAUCAUUACCCAGUAAUGACUCAACAGAAUUUUACAAUUAUAAACCGAAAGACUUGAUUUGGGCAAAGAUGAAAGGCUUUACACCAUGGCCGGCAAUGAUUGUUGAACCCUCCAUCGAUCUUUUGAAUCAACCGCGCAAAGCUAACACAAAAAGUGUGUUUUUCUUUGGAACACGAAAUUUCGCUUGGAUAGAAACGAAUAACAUAAAACCGUUUGAAGGGCCUUGGAAAGCCGAAUUAGCAAAAGUUAAUAAGCCUAAUUCGUUUCGUCAUGCAAUGGCUGAUAUUAAUACUUAUAUUGAAGAUCCCACAGAGGUUGAUGCGGAGGUCAGCAAAAAUACGAUCAGUAAUCAUUCCACUGAGGCAGACUUCGAUAAGAUUCGCGACGGAUUAACGGAUGAUGAUACAACAAAUGACAUUCGUGGCAUUGAUGAUGCUGAUAAUGGUGUAGAGACCAUAACCGGUGAUGUUGCGGUUGAUUUGGAUGAUGUACAGCCUUCUUACAAAACCCCUGUCAAGCGCACGCCCAAAGCCAAAUCGAGCGCUGUAGCUACAAUCAAAGCAAAAUCAUCUGUUAGUGGAACUGUCGCUAAAUCAUCAACAAAACGACGUCGCUCAUCACAAACCGCAAAUAGCAGCUCAAAGCGUAAACGAAAUUCGUCAGUUGGUGCCCUUGAAGAUCUAAAUGAUUAUAUAAAUCGUAAAUCUACGACAACACCACCUUCACGACGUAAAAUAAACCCCGAUGCUUUGGCUCACAUUGGCAGCACAUCGCGGCGCAAUGUUAACUCAAUCGCUCUACUUGAUCGUCCGGUAGUAUCACGCCCGGAAGCGCAAGCAAUUGAUAUGAAUGCGCGUUCCCAAACUCUAGCAGAACGGGACAUUACACCAUCUCAAUUGACUUUUGGUUUCCUGGGUCUGGGGAUCAUGGGUUCAACCAUUGUAAAAGAUUUGCUAUGCACCGGCCACAAAGUGGUCGUCUGGAAUCGCACAAUGUCAAAGUGUACACCGUUCGCCGAAGCUGGUGCUGAUGUCAAAGGCACACCUAUGGAUGUAGUUGAAGCUUCAGAUGUUAUAUUCUGUUGUGUUUCAGAUCCAAAGGCAUCCAAAGAUCUGGUAUUUGGCAAUUGUGGCGUGUUGGGAGUUAAGGAAAUGAACGGUAAGGCCUAUGUUGAGAUGUCGACAAUAGACCCUGAAACUUCGCAAGACAUAGCUGAAGGAAUACAAUCUGCAGGCGGGCGUUAUUUGGAAGUGCAAAUACACGGCACACGACAAGAGGCCGAAGAUGGUAUGCUGAUAAUUUUAGCUGGUGGAGACCGUUCAGUCUUUGAAGACUGUCAUUCUUGCUUCAAAACUAUUGCCAAAAACACAUUUUUCUUGGGCGCAGAAGUUGGGAAUGCUUGCAAAGUAAAUUUGAUACUGCAAACGAUAGUCGGAGUCAGUUUGGUUGGACUAGCAGAGGCUUUAGCAUUGGCCGACCGUUUCUCAAUUUCAUUAAAGGACAUUAUUGACAUAUUUGAAUUAACAUCAAUGAAAUCGCAAUUAUUAUUAGCCAAAGGCAAAGAAAUGGCCAAAGGAGACUUCAACCCACAGCAACCACUGAGUCACAUGCAAAAAGAUUUACGCCUUGUGCUCAGUAUGGCGGAGAAUUUGGACCAAUCGAUGCCUGUGACUGCAAUUACAAAUGAAGUUUUUAAGCACACAAAACGUCUUGGCUAUAGUGAACACGAUUCGAGUGCCGUAUUUGUAAGAUCCAGAUUUUAACAUUUAGUUAAUACAGCAACAUUUUAAAUGAAUGAUUCAAAUGAUAUGACACGUACAUAUACCUAUAAAACAACAACAAAGGAAACACUAAAAUGCAUCGGUUCAAAGCAUUCGUUUCUUUUACAUGUAAUCCGUUGUAAAUGAAAAUUUCCAAUAUGCCCAUUUAUAACAUAAUAAUUAUUAGGAAAUUAAUAUAAUGUUAUGCAUCUACGCAUUUUCGAAGUUAGGUUAUUUCGAAAGCAAUUAUCAAUGACGGCAACAAAGGUCAGCAGCAAUAUCUCCAAAACCCUAAAUUUAAAAGAUCAGUAUAUAUUUUAUGAGCCACAUAUAGAACAGAAAUAGGUAAAAUUUGGUGUCAGAUCCAUCACAGCAGCAAGAGCAGUCAGUAAUAGACCAUACAUAUAAACUAAAUUGAAAUAAAUACUGACUGACGACUGAUAAAAGUGCAUUCAGAUGUUUCAAGAUAAUGAUACUAAAAAGUGGAGUACGCAAUCUGUGUAGAAUAAAUACACGUGUUUAAAAUAUAUAUAUAAUAUAUGUAUAUAUAUUCGAUUUAUGAUAAGGUUUAAGAAGAGGAAAAUAAAAAUGGCAAAUAUUUUGUGGAGAUGACAGUGAGGUCGAAAAUGUAAUAACGAAUGUGUAAAUGUGCGCAUACAAAAAUUUAAAAAUAUCCUAAUUAAUAUCGCAUGGCGCAUUUUGCAAAUCAUUUAUAUAUUUGUUUUUAUAUACAUAAAUAAAUAAAGAGGACAAACAAUUCUAUAAACAAAA